ACAGAAGAUAAUAAAGGUUGAAGCUAUAGACAAAAUCUCCAGCUGAUUUUAUUAAUCCAACAAACUAUAUGUUAUUAACAACACUGAAUCUGAUUAUCUCUUAACUAUUACACAUUUCCUUUUCUCUUCCCUUGUGUCUUUCAUUUGUUCACCACCUUUGACAAAAAUGGUUUCUUCCUCCAUUCCAGAUCACACACUAUUUCUUGCAUUCAUGUUCUUUUCUGCCACACUUAUGCUACUUCAAUUGCCACAAACCAAUGGAACAAAUUUCUCAUACCCUUUAAAUUCCACUCCUUCCUAUGACACAUAUGUUGCAUACUCUGCUCAGUCUCCAAAUUUUUUAACCCUCACAAGCAUAUCUGAUAUUUUUGACACCAGUCCUCUAUCCAUUGCAAGAACAAGCAACAUAAAAGAUGAAAAUAUGAACCUCAUUCCAGGCCAGCUUUUGCUGAUACCUAUAACUUGUGGUUGCAGUGGAAAUGGAAACUACUCUUUUGCCAAUAUUUCACACUUGAUCAAACAAGGUGAAAGUUUCUAUUACCUUUCAACCAUUUCAUAUCAGAAUCUCACUAAUUGGAUGACAGUGGAAGAUUCAAACCCAAACUUGAAUCCAUAUAUGUUGACAGUAGGCACCAAAGUAAUCAUUCCUAUAUUCUGUAGCUGCCCUUCAAAAGGGAUAGACUUAGAGUACUUGAUUACUUAUAUAUGGAAGCCUAAUGACAAUCUUACCCUUGUAGCUUCCAUGUUUGGUGCAUCACCACAUGACAUAAUCACUGCAAAUGCAAACAAAUUUGGUCAAAACUUCACUGCUGCAGCCAACCUUCCAGUUUUUAUCCCAGUGAAAAACUUACCAGCUCUUUCUCAAUUAUAUUCUUCACCGGAAAGAAAAAGAACUAAUCAUUUUCAGAUUAUCAUUUCCAUUGGCAUUAGUCUAGGAUGCACUCUUCUGAUAUCACUGUCAUUAUUACUUGUUUAUGUAUAUUGUUUGAGGAAAAGAGAGGCUUGUGAGAAUAAGUGUGUGCCCUCUAAGUUAAUUUCUGAAGUUUCAAACUAUGUAAGUAAGCCAGAAGUGUAUGAAGUUAGUAUGAUUAUGCAAGCUACAAUGAACCUCCAUGAACGGUGUAGGAUAGGGAAAUCGAUGUACAAGGCUAAAAUCGAUGGUCAUGUUUUAGCUGUGAAAAAUGUAAAGGAAGAUAUCACAGUCACAGAAGAGUUGAUGAUUCUACAGAAAGUAAAUCAUGCAAAUCUUGUGAAACUAAUUGGUGUCUCUUCUGGAUAUGAUGGUGUAAAUCACUUUCUUGUGUAUGAAUAUGCUGAAAAUGGAUCUCUUUAUAACUGGUUGUUCUCUGAGUUUUUCACUCUUAGUUGGAGUCAAAGGUUAAGCAUAGCAAUUGAUGUUGCAAUUGGUCUGCAAUACAUGCAUGAACACACACAACCAAGUAUAGUCCAUAGGAAAAUCAAAUCAAGUAACAUUCUUCUUGACUCAAACUUUAAGGCCAAGAUAUCAAAUUUUUCUGUUGCAAGAACUACAAAGAAUCCUAUGAUAACAAAAGUUGAUGUUUUUGCUUAUGGGGUGAUUCUGUUGGAGUUAAUAACAGGAAAGAAGUUUUUGUCGUGUAUCGAAAAUGCUGAGGUGAAUAUUUUGUGGAAAGAUAUUAAGGGAGUUUUUGAUAUAGAAGAAAAGAGAGAGGAAAGAGUUAGAAAAUGGAUUGAUCCUAAGUUGGGGAGGAUUUAUAAUGUUGUUGAAGCUAUGAGUUUGUUCUCUUUGGCUAUGAAUUGCAUAAAAGAACAAGUUUUGUUAAGACCAACUAUGGGAGAAGUUGUUCUUAGCCUUUCUCUUCUCACUCAACACUCUCCUACUUUGUUAGAGAGAUCUACUUAUGGAUUAGAUGUUGAGGUUAUUACUGGAGUGGUUAAUUCCAUCAUAGCUCGUUGAGUGAGGGAAUGCAAAUUUUGUAUAUUGUUUAUGCCUUAAAUUAGUAUAAAAAUUGUGCAAGAUUAUAAGAAUGUGUAGAAAUAAUUGGUAGGAACAUAUG